AUGGGAGGUGGCGAAGAAGGUGAUGAUGUGAAAAGUAGAAGAGUAAUAGUGGAGGCAAGGGCAGUAUGCAACAUCAGCAGCAAAGGGUUGGGUGGUUCAAGAGUUUGGAGGGGUCAGACGAGAGCUCAACUUUAUGAUCAGCGCAACGGAGGCGGUGAUUCCAACAAGAUCAAUGUCACUUGGAACCUCCAGAAUGGAUCAGAGGGUGGUGUUGCUGAGAAUGGUGGAACUGAAGCCAGGUGCCCUGUUUGUUCCAGGAGUUUCCAUUCAAAGAAGGCCAUGCACGGGGACAUGAGGUGCCAUCCUGAGAGAGAAUUGAGGGGGGUCAAUCCCCUGCCCUCGACCAAGACUACUUCUUCCUCCUCUGUGUCGCAGGAAAUUGAUGCCUCCUCUACGGUGGACGAAUACUGGAAGGAGGGGCCAGAAUCGCAUCAUCAAAUUAUAUUCUACAUGGGGUUCCUCCUGACUUGCAAAAAGGUCUUUCCGACUUACCAAGCCUUGAGUGAAAACAGGUCCGGCCAUUCUUAUAACAAGAAGAGUCUGGACAUGGAGAAUAAGUAUGUAUCAUCUUCGUAUACCUCAGCUUCUAAGGGAGAAGGCCUAGUUCCCACGGAUCAGGCUCUUGGGGGCCACCAGACAACUCACCGGCCGAAGCCAGCCCCAAACAUGAAGCAUUAA